AUGUCGAUUGAAAAUGACAAGGCACUUCCAACGCCUACAGUUUUACAUUUUAAAAAACCAGACUCAUCCUCUACUCAUUAUGAAAUAACAACUCCACCUCCGAUCACGACAAAUUCAUCCGUCGAUCAUGAAAACAAUGUCGAAUCAACAACAACCGAUAAAAACGAUGAUGAGAAACCGAUUACAACUGCUAGUCAUUCUCGUCGCGUUCAUUUUCCCACAGAAGAUUCUCAAUUACGCAUGAUAUCGUAUGCAAACGAUCCAUACUUGAAACAACCAUUGUUAUCCCUCGGUGUGAUUUUGCAACGUUAUCGUGCUACAUGUCAACGGCUGCAAAUACGACCAAUGAAUACCAUAUUAGAUCAAUUAAGUAUGAUGGAUGAUGGAAGAAAAUCGUUCGUUGAUCGGCUGGAUUGCUUGAAAAUUGCUAACGAAAAGAUUGAUCUUAAGAAUGUGGAUGCAAUUGAAGAAAUACUCUCUCGCUGUCGGUUUCAUACGUUAAGUUUCGAGUCAUCAGUUAUAGACGAUGCGGCUCUAACACAGUUAUUUGAAGUGAUUGAAUAUUACGAAUCAUGUACACAUAUUAUCCUAUCAAAUCAGCGAGCCAUUGGAGUGCAAGGCUAUCAAGCUUUAACGAAAUAUUUAAGAAAAACAAAUUCUUUAGAAAGAUUAGAUAUGAAUUCCACACGUUUCGAUGAUAGUACUAUCAUCAGUUUUACUCGUUCUUUAAGGUUAUCAUCAACACUCUAUGAAUUGCAUGUCGAAUCAUGUCAAUUAAAUGGCAAACUUCUACAAAAAUUCAUUCAAAACAUACGCUCUUGUGGUAGCCUACGAGAACUUUAUCUUUGUGAUAAUCGCCUUCAAGUUCAAGAUUCUUUACUGAUAAAUGAAUUGCUUCGCACAUGUGGUUCCUUUUUAACUCUACUCGAUAUGCGUUCGAAUUCGUUGCACGAUAGUGGCAUGUCUCAUUUAGCUUCCCAGUUGAGUCAUUACGAUGAAAAUCAUAAACACGAAAGUAGUCUACAAAAAAUUAGCGUCCAAGCGAAUCAAUUGACUCAACAAGGCGUAGGCUUUCUAGCAAAAUCGUUACUACAUAAUCGAACAAUACGUUCGUUAAAUUUAAGUCAAAAUAAUAUCGGUAACGAAGGUUUGUUUUUACUACGUGAUGCAUUAUUAACCAAUCGAACGAUCAGUGAACUAAUCUUACGAAACUGCCAUCUGACAGAUCAAGCAGCAAUUGCACUAGCCGAAUUUAUCGCCGAGUCGAGCACGAUUGAAUAUGUUGAUUUGCGAGAGAAUAAUAUUCAAGCGAGCGGCAUAUGUGGAAUGGCAAUUGCUAUUAAAAACAAUAAAUCGCUACUAAAACUCGAUUUCGAUCCAAUUGUUUCGACGCCAACGAAUCUGAGCGCGAUGUCUCUUAAUAACAACAAUAUCGAUCGAACGACGACGACAUCGAAUAGUCUUCUUUCGUUAGCCAAUCUUCGACGGAUGACAACAGGUUUUGGUAGUUUCGCAAGUAAUACACCGUCCCAGUCGAGUUUGAGUGGUGGUGGCACGAGAGAAUUGUUGGAACAAAAAGCACGAUGGAUGAAUGAUAUUUCAGCAGUAUGUCAACGAAAUAUCCUGAUUUACGAAGAAAAAUUACGCCUUCAGGAAGAAGGAGGAGAAAGUACGCCGAAUGGCGAAGUGAAAAAUAAUUCGAACGUUAUCAAACCAGAAGAUAUUCAAUUAGAUGAAAAUCAUUCUUCAAUCAAUGCGGACAUUCCAACUGAUAAUAGUACAAACACAGCCGAACAAAUCGCGAUAGAUUCGAAUGAUAACAGUCAAGAAACUGUAAUAUCAAUCAGCACUCCUGUGAAGAAUCCUAGUGUUGAACAAACAACGAUUAUUCCAAACGAUGCUGAUUAUUACGAAGUUGAACAAACAUUGAUGGAUCUCAUCGAGUCAGUAGUAAAUGAUGAAAUCGAUGAAAAUAAUCAAAAUUCGACAUUCCGUGAAUCUUCUUCAAAUUCUGAUCUCAUCGAUGACUUUGUUCCUGACGACAAACGCAAAAUGCAUCAUUCCGAUAGUCUAUAUCUGUUACGAAAAAAAGUCAAAAAUGAAAAUGAUGAUAAUACAAGUGAUGACGAAUCACAAUUAUCAUUGAGUGAAUCAUAA